AUGUCUGGCCCCAGACUCAGCGAAGACGGCCUCGAGAAGCUUAUCGAAGCAGCGAGAGGCGGCUCGAUUCCUCUUAUGCAGCCCGCAGUUGCACUGCUGAAAUCUCAAUACACGCCUGCCCUCCUCGAUGCGAUCCUACACCACCUCACCCCUGAGUCAGCUCAGGUAACCGCUGACCGGUACAGGACAGACCACCCCGACUACAAACCGGAUUUUGCUCUGAGGCUGACCUGCUUACAAGGGGUGAACAUGGCCAUUACUGUAUACGAGGAACGAGAGGACGUCAGGGAUGAAAUCAGGGUUCGUCUACAGGAGCGCAUUGCGGGUAUCGCCUCGUGGAUCCUCGUCGUCCAGUUUCGAAACCCCACAUGUUUCAGUAGGGUAUAG